AGAUGGCGUGUUGUGGAAACUGUUUUUGUUGCCAAUGCUGCUGCAGAGAACGAGAGACUCGCACUCCGGAGGAACUGACAAUCCUUGGGGAAAUCCGAGAUGAAGAGGAUGAGAUCCUACCCAGGAAAGACUAUGAGAGCCUGGAUUAUGACCGCUGCAUCAGUGAGCCCUACGUGGAGGUUCUGGAGGGGAUGAACAACAAGAAAGCCAAAAAAUACGAGGCUGUGCGAUGGAUGAUGGUGUUUGCUAUCGGGGUGACGGUGGGUCUGGUGGGUCUGUUUGUGGAUUUCUUUGUACGCCUCUUCACCAAAAUCAAAUUUACUCUGGUUGGUGAUUCUGUAGAGAAGUGCAGCGACAAGGGCUGUCUUUCGCUGUCUUUGCUGGAACUCUUGGCGUUCAAUUUGACCUUCAUCUUCAUCGCCAGUGUGCUUGUCCUCAUUGAGCCCGUAGCUGCAGGUUCAGGGAUUCCAGAAAUCAAAAGUUACUUGAACGGAGUGAAGGUUCCUGGAAUCGUCCGACUUCGAACUUUUCUCUGCAAGGCGACUGGAGUCCUUUUCAGUGUGGCUGGAGGUCUGUUUGUGGGGAAAGAAGGUCCAAUGAUACACAGUGGAGCCAUCGUCGGAGCCGGUCUUCCUCAGUUUCAGAGCAUCACUUUCAAGAGGAUCAAUUUUGACUUCCCCUACUUCCGUAGUGACAGGGACAAGCGAGACUUUGUGUCCGCCGGUGCUGCUGCCGGAGUCGCUGCUGCGUUCGGUGCUCCGAUCGGCGGCACCCUCUUCAGUCUGGAGGAAGGCUCCUCGUUCUGGAAUCAGGCCCUCACUUGGAAAGUGCUCUUCUGCUCCAUGUCGGCCACUUUCACCCUCAACUUCUUCCGUUCAGGGAUCAACUUCAACAAGUGGGGUUCCUUCCAGCUGCCUGGUCUGCUCAACUUUGGGGAGUUCAAGUGUGCAGACGGAGACAAGAACUGCCACCUGUGGACGGCGGUGGACCUGGCCUUCUUCGUCCUGAUGGGCGUGGUGGGCGGCCUGCUGGGGGCGCUCUUCAACUGCAUCAACAAGAGCCUGGCCAAGUAUCGCAUCCGGCACAUUCACCCCAAGGCCAAGUUCAUCAGAGUUCUAGAAAGUCUGCUGGUUACCAUGGUGACAACAGUCGUGAUCUUCGCAGCUUCCAUGCUGCUGGGCGAAUGUCGAGAUCUGUCGUCGCCGACAACACACAACGGCACACUAGCCAGCACUGAUGACAUCAACUCCACCAUCCGCUCGUUCUUCUGCCCCAACAAGACCUACAACGACAUGGCCACGCUGUUCUUCAACCCACAGGAGGCUGCCAUCCACCAGCUCUUCCACCAGGAUGGUACCUUCAGCCCGGUGACUCUGUCGGUGUUCUUCCUGUUGUAUUUCCUGCUGUCCUGUUGGACGUAUGGCGUGUCCGUCCCCAGCGGACUCUUUGUUCCUUCGCUGCUGUGCGGUGCAGCUUUUGGACGUCUCGUCGCCAACAUCCUCAAAGUGAAGCUGGGCAUGGAUCUGUACUCGGGGACGUUCGCCCUCAUCGGAGCCGCUGCCUUCCUCGGAGGUGUCGUCAGAAUGACCAUCAGCCUGACUGUCAUUCUCAUCGAAUCCACCAAUGAAAUCACAUACGGGCUGCCCAUCAUGAUCACCCUAAUGGUUGCCAAGUGGACCGGAGAUUUCUUCAACAAGGGCAUCUAUGACAUCCACGUUGAGCUGAAAGGAGUGCCGCUGCUGGAGUGGGAGACCGAGGUUGAGAUGGACAAGCUGACAGCCAGCGAUAUCAUGGAGCCCAACCUGACCUACGUGUACCCCCACACCCGAGUCCAGUCCCUGGUCAGCAUCCUGCGCACCACCGUCUACCACGCCUUCCCCGUGGUCACCGAAAACCGAAAGAACGAGCAGGACUUCAUGAAGGGCAACAUCUUGAUCAGCAACAACAUCCGCUUCAAGAAAUCCAGCGUCGUGUCUCGCGCCGGGGAACAGCGGCGCCGUUGCCAGUCCAUGAAGUCGUACCCGUCCAGCGAGCUGAGGAACGUCUGUGACGAGCAGAGCGCCGUGGUGGAGCCGUCGGAGGAGGGAGAGGACCUGCUGCAGCAGAUGUUGGAGAGAAGACAUGCUCCCUACCCCAACCUGUACCCCGACCAGUCUCCCAGCGAGGAGUGGACCAUGGAGGAGCGCUUCAGACCGCUCACCUUCCACGGCCUGAUCCUGCGCUCCCAGCUGGUCAACCUGCUGAUUCGAGGGGUUUGCUACGCCGAGAACCAGUCGAGCGCCACUCAGCCCCGGCUGUCGUAUGCAGAGAUGACUGAGGACUACCCGCGCUUCCCGGACAUCCACGACCUCGACCUCGCCCUGCUCAACCCUCGCAUGAUAGUGGAUGUCACCCCCUACAUGAACCCGUGUCCCUACACCGUUUCACCCAACACCCGCAUCUCGCAGGUGUUCAACCUGUUCAGGACGAUGGGCCUGAGACACUUACCAGUGGUCAAUGCCAUUGGAGAAAUUGUUGGAAUCAUAACGAGACAUAAUUUAACCCACGAGUUCCUCGUGGCCAAACUGCGACAGCACUACAUCACUAUUUGACCCGCCUUCGGACGUUCUGCGGUCGCCCAAGCUUUGUUCAGCCUGGUCCUGAGCCUUUGUCUUGGUCCGUUCCUACUAGCGUUCAGGCAUUCUCAAACACAUUCAGGAUAUCCACAACCAGACAAACAUUCCCUAGUAGGGAACACAGUUCUCCAGUAAGUGAAAGUUGUGUUUUACUUGUGUUUUAGCUGUUGAGGGAUUGUCUUCCUCCAGUCGAGCCUCAGAUCCACCGACUCCGACGGGUGGACAGAAGAAAUUUCCAAAUACGAACAUAAACCGUCCACAUUGAAGGCUGACAAUUCAGAAACGGUUGCUGUGCUUUCAGACUGUGAGCAACGGGACUGAUGGGUUAAUCACAAAAGAGUAUUUAAUUGGAGGAGCCAUUAUGCAGUAUAACUUAUCUGUUUUUUCUGAACGUGUAGCAGGUUUGCUAGAGUUAACACUGAGAAGACCAUUAGUUCUUUAAUUUGAAUGUGCUGCUGGUUGUUCAUUGACGUAGAUAGUUUCAAGGAUUUUCUUUGUUUUAAAAUGUUGACAAAACUACAAAAACAAGACCCUCCUUUGAUCGGUCAGAACAUCGUCCUACAGAGCCGUCUUCUUAGACUAAGACGAGGUAACGCUAGUCUGACUGAGCGACUCUCCGACGGUGUUUGCUCACAGUUUGAAGCCUCGAGCACAACAAACUACCAAAGUGAAACAUCACCAGAGUUCUUUACUACCUUCACGACGGAAUGUUUUUCUUUCGACCUUUUUUUGAUUUCGCUUGGUCGUCGUUUUCACUGCAGCACUUUUAUUUGUGUCUUCGUCUCGUCGCCGACCGUGCGAUUUACUGGAAAAUAGGCACCAAGAGCAGACCGGCCUCCCUUUACGCCGACGACCUCAGAAGAGUUUGCUUGGUGACCGUGUCGGUUUUAGUUGCACAUACAGUAACGUUUCUAACCACUUUAGCAGCCUGUAAACUUCAUCAGCAUCGUUUUGCACUUAUGAUAUGUGGUAAUAUUUUCACUGUAAUUAGUUCAGUGUUCAGUCUCAGACCAAGGUUUUGUUUUGUAAUAGGGACUUGAAAGUACUUGAUUUUUUUUUUUGUUUUGUUUUAAAGAAAAACCUCAAAAAUCCUGUUUUAGAUAAAUUAAUGUGUAACAUAUUUUAUGGUCCUUCUUUGCAGUUAGUUUUUUUUUUAGCAAUAUGAUUAUGAUUAGCUGUUCUGGUACAUCAUUUCAUUGUCAUUCCAAAAAGGGACUAGAAAUGUGAGCAAAGGUGAAUAAAAGCAAGAGUAAUUCUUCUUUUAUAGAUGGACAUGAGGUCCACUGUGAAUCAGGUCGAUAGAUUAUUGGCAACCACAGUUGCACAUACAUGUACAUCAAGCAUUCCUCGUUUGAUUCUCGUCUCGUCUCUGCUUUGAUUUAUUUAAGAGAGUAUUUUUUUAUACAGUUUUAUUUUUUAUGAUUUGCUGCGUGUGCUGUGAAUGAUUCGUCAUGCAGUUGCAUUUCUAAAUGGACCGAGGCAGCCCCGGAUCUUACUGCUGUUUUUAGGUUUGGGAUUGCCACCUUGUUAAUUUAAAAUGAUUCCACUGUACAUAUGACGCAGCAGGAACGGUGCCGAACGUUAGAUUAAGAGAAGCAGUGGACAGUAUGUGUGCCACUGUGGCGCCGGACUGAUGGACUGCCAAACACUUUCUGUUCCCUGGAGGUUAUUCAGUUGGGAUUUUGUGGUUCCUACAGAGAUUUAGAAAUGGCACAUGGCAAAUACAGCAUUAAAUAUCCAACCCUGCAACCACGGAACAGAACAAGCAGAGAGACCUCGGUCUUGUGCCUCUAUUGUUGUUCAAAUAAAGCUCCUUCUCUUUUGUCAAUCAGUCAAA